AUGCCUCCAAGGAAGAGAAAAAUUUCGGAAGCGGUUGAAAACGUUGCAGAGCAAACUUCUCCCACUAGAAGAUAUGUUGCCGGUAAGCAACCUCGAAGCCAGGAGCCUCUUCCUAUAGUCGAUAAUAGGAAUCCUAUAGAUCAAGAGGAGGAAUUAUUCAAAGAUGAAGACUGGUCAAUCCCCAAGUUAAAUUUGUACAUAACAUAUACUUUGGAUGAUUUGGUCGAGGCAUAUAAGCCGAUUUUCAAGGACUUCAUUAAACUUCCUAGUAGAAAAUUCCAUCCUGGUUACUUCUACAAAAUUGAGCAGCCAAUUUCUAUCAAUGAGAUUAAGAAUCGUGACUAUGAGUAUAAGGAUGGGGAAAAACAGUUUUUGUUGGACGUUGAACUGAUUAGAAAGAAUUGUUUUGCGUAUAAUGACCCUGAUUCGCUAAUAGUGAAGAACUCCAUGCAGGCUGUGAAUUAUGUUAAAAAUGAGGUUCUGAAGGCUAAGAAUAUAACAAGAAAUUACUUGAUAAAUGAUCAGGUCAAAGAGAGACUUUUGAAACAUCUGGAUAUGCUGCUUGAAUCCACCGAGAAAAAGGUGGCCAAAGUCCUAGGUAACCCAACUGACAAUUUAGACGAUAGUAUUAAGCUAAGCGAGCCAUUUUUAGAACUUGUUAAUCAAGAGGAAUUUCCAGACUACUAUGAGGUUAUUCAUAAGCCAAUGUCUCUGACAAUGAUAAAAAGCAACUUGCAGUUGGGAUACUACUCUAAAAUAUACGACUUUUACGUUGAUGUGCAACUUCUUUUCCAGAAUGCGCAGGUCUUUAAUGAACCGGAAGCUUUAAUUUACCAAGAUGCAGAGAAGUUGUUGAAGACCUUUCAACAUCUCAUGUCAGACAGUUUCUUUCCGGAGUUGAAAGAUAGCAGCGAGCGCGGUGAAAUCAAGUUAGAAUACGACAAAAUUGAGUAUGAACAAUAUCUGGCAAAUGCUGGACAUGAUGAGGAGAAUGGAAGCGAUGAAGAUGACAAUGAUGACUAUGAUUUUAAUCAUUACGAAGGACUAGGUAAUGGUUACAAUCGCGCGUUGCUACCCAGUGAUUAUUUAUUGGGCCCAAGCAAGUCCGAAGAAAAAGGUAAAAAUGCUAAAACGGAAGAAAUGGUUUCUACUGAUGUACCAAAAUUUAAUGUUUUGAAGACUAGUAGUUACCAAAGUAAUACUGAAUUACUUCUAGCAAAGGAAGAUGAAAAACCGGAACCAUAUGUACUUAUCGACAAUAUUCAGUUAUCUUCUUCUACUGCAAUCUAUGAACAAGCUUCUAGGCCAUUACAAGGAACUCUUCCAUCCAUAACUCAGAAUUGGGUAGAUUAUUAUUUUGACGGUAAAGAUCUGAAAGACAACAAUAAUAAGUUUGUAUUAACCCUGCCUCCAAUCCAAACAGCAAUCACUUUUAGGGUAAACCUGAAUACAAAAAUAUCAGAACAAACACCAGCGGUAUUUAUGGUUAAUAAAGAGAAAGUUAAUCCUACGCCUACAUUGAGCAUGGAGAACAAUGAAACAAAGCCUCGUUAUGACGUGAGGUUAUCAGAAGGACUAAAUUGCCUGGAUUUUUCAGUGCAAGACUUGGAUCAGAAAAAGACAGAGAGGUUUAAAAUUUGGAUAAGUAUCCUUCCUUGA